AUUUUCGCGAUUUGUUCAAGUUUGUGAUCGCAUUGUAAAUAUUUUGAUUAUUUAUUUAAUUAUAAACAGUUCAUUUCAAUUCCUGUGAUUAUGGUAAUACACUAAUGCCGGUAGAAAAAGUUUUCGACGUAAUAAACUACAUAGGUUUAGGUUAGCCGGUAUUUCGGACAUUGUAACAAUACUUCAGAGACCCGUUCAUGCAGUCAGCUGAUAUUCCUGAGAAAUUGUUAGAGAAGCCUGAAGAUUCAACAAAUACCGCAAUCAUGAAAGAGACAGUAAUUAAAAUAGAUGAAUAUAGUGGCAGGAAAGAGUCGACCAGAAAUGAAGUUAAUAUUUUGUGCUUUGAUUUAACUUCCUAUAGUCCUCUUGUACAGUUCUUGAGUUGUUGUGUGUUUGUGUUUCUGUGCUACCUAGCUUACGGGUAUUUCUUGGAGCUCAUAUUCUCAGCUCCAGAAGUGAAGUCUAUAAGUCUGUACAUAACAUUAGUUCAGUUCAUAAUCACAACACUGCUGAGCUAUGUGGAAACACUGAUAAGAAGUCCUAUAAAACGGAAAGUGCCACUAAAAACCUACGCGCUGCUAGCAGCCCUGACUCUUGGCACCAUGUCACUGUCGAACCUGGCGCUAAGCUACCUGAACUACCCCACGCAGCUGAUCUUCAAGAGCUGCAAGCUCAUCCCCGUCAUGCUUGGCAGCAUCAUCAUACUCAACAAGAGAUAUGGCUUCCUGGACUAUGUCGCUGCUAUCAUUAUGUGUGUUGGACUCACUAUGUUUACUUUAGCUGAUUCACAAACAUCUCCAAACUUUGAUGCCUUUGGAGUGUUGGUUAUUUGUCUGGCGCUCCUGUGUGAUGCCAUAAUUGGGAAUGUACAGGAGAAAGCUAUGAAGCAACACCAGGCAUCCAACAACGAGGUGGUGUUCUACUCGUACCUGAUCGCGUGCGGAUACCUGCUUGCCAUCACCGGGGCCACCGGGGUGCUGAUGGAGGGCGUCAGCUACACUGCCAGGAAACCGCUAACAAUGUACAGCAACAUAUUCCUGCUCAGCGUGAGUGGCUACAUGGGGCUACAAGCCGUGUUGACGCUGGUCCGCACCGGCGGCGCCACCGUCGCGGUCACCGUGACCACGAUGCGCAAGGCCGUCUCUAUCGUCAUCUCUUUCGUUCUCUUCAGCAAGCCGUUUGUGUGGCAAUACGCCUGGUCGGGUCUUCUAGUGGUAUUAGCGAUAUACCUGAAUCAUCACAGUAAGAAGAAGCCCAACUACGUCCCUAUGCCAGUGUUGAUGUGUUGGAGGUAUCUCAAACAGUACUACCAGUCAGAGUACAGAUAUUUGCAUGUGAGGACGAAAGCUUACUCGGACGUAUAAUGUUUUGAAAUUAUGAAGUAUUUUGUGAAAUCCAUUUUUAUUUACUUUUUCUAGGUGACAAAUAUUUUUUGUAUACAAAAACUGUGGUGGUGUUAUGUUUAUGAGUUGACACUAAUGAAGAGAUGAAUCACUCAUGUUUGGCUUACUAUAGUAAGUAUACCAAUUUGCUAUACCUUGCUGUAUAGUGAAAUGCAUUAAAAUACGUCACUAUAUUAUUAUUUUGUUGAAAUUUUGAUAAAACUAUUUAGACAUAAUUUUAUUUUUACAUUUUAUUUAAAUUUAAAUUACUUGUUUUAUAUUCAUUACAAGUUCCAAUAACUUCUAAUCAGAAUAUUGAUACAACCUUGGAAAAGAACCAUUCAGUACUGUCAAUCAGACAUUACGUAUAUUACGUAAGCAUAUAACCGACAUUCCUAAAGGCCUUUUCUUUUAUUUAUAAAGAGUCUCAUGCCUACCAAGAACCUUGUCCGUCCCGUCGCCGCGCCGUCGUGGUAUCGCUAGAAACAUUAUUACCAUUUUUAUAUUGUGGCUGAUUUCAAUCCUACCUCUAUUGAUCUCAGCGACUGGCAUUUUCGGAGUAUUAAGGUAAGCGACAACCUAUCGGUCUCGUAC